CUCAAGGCUUGUUUUUUCUAGCGAGGAAGUUUCAAAACUUUUUGGUGUUAGGUCGUCUUUACUCGCUCUUGCUCGUUCUUGGUGAGUCGUCAGCAAAUUUAAAGACAGUCCGAUAAUAUUACAAUUGGGCUAACAAGACUUUAUGGGGGACUCGUAAUCUAUUCUCUUAUAAACGAUCUUUAUCGUAUUGGUUUCACAAUCUAAGCUAUAAAUACCGCUCACUACGUGGACACAUCGCACUGCAAGGAAAAACGUCUGUCGUGAGAAAAGAUAAAAUUAAGUGAGUUUCUCAGAAUAUUCAAAGAUUAGCAGAAUGAAGAUUUUCGUGCUCGUCGCGUGUGUACUGACCAUUGCUGCUAUGAUCUAUGCUGAUGACGUCGAAACAGGACAGAACUUCGGCCAAGAUCUCAUAACAUGUGCCGCCGAAUUAAAUUUGCCCCAAGAACUCAAUGUCCACGUGAUCAAGUGUAUGUUUGAAAAAAAUUCCUUGAUCGACGAACAAGGUAUGCUGAAAAAGGAUGAGAUUUUAAGAUAUUUCGGUAAUAUCUCUCCCAAUCAACAACAGUUACAGCAAAUUGCCUCUUGUAUUGAUUACGCGGAGACACGAGGUGAAGAAAGCAACGAUAAGAAAACCCUUGUAGGAAUACAAUGCAUACUAUUGAAGCUAUCAAUACUUACAAAAUACUAAACAAACUAGUUCAAACAGAAGAAACUGUCAUACAAAUUAUCAUAGAAAAAAAUAUAUCCGUAUAUAAAAUAGCUAUAAUAAUUAUAUAAUGUGUAUAUGCAGCUAUAUCUAAUAUAUAUAGAAAAAUAAUAGUUAUGGGAAAAUACUGCUUUAAAUAAAAAGUUCUCAUUUUA